UGAUGUUGGACUGAGGUCAAUUUUAUACACACACCAAGUGGCAGGCUUCCCUGCGAACACAGCCUGGUGCUCUUAUCAGCUGCUCGCAUCAUGGCUGGGGAGAUAGUCUAUGCCGAUCUGAACCUCCUCUCUGGCUUUCCUGACUCCAGGAUGCCCCUUUCAGCUCAGCCCCUCAGUCCCCCGAGUCCCCGGUGGCAUCGGACAGCGCUGUGGGUCGGAUGGAUUGGGAAUAUUGUCCUGGUGAUUGCUGUGAUAGUGCUGGGGAUUUGGGUUUCCCACUUGAUGUCUGAGAAGGGACAGACCCCGGCAGCUCCUGGAAGCGACGGAGCCGGGAGCAGAGAUACACCGACACCCCCUGGGAGCGCAGACCCCUGCACGGCAGAAUGCAGCGCCCGCCUGGAGCGUUUCCGAUCCCAGCUGAGCCAACGUCUGUGCCACCCGGCUCGGCCCAGCCCAGCAGGGGACUCUGGGUGCAAACUCUGCCCCAUGGACUGGCAGCUGCACAGGGACAAGUGCUACUGGGUCGGCAGCGGAAGUAAAAUGUGGAGCGAGAGCCGCGCCGACUGCUCAGCGAGGGGCUCCCAGCUGCUGGUGAUCCAGGACUGGGAGGAGCUGGAGUCCCUCCAGGCCCUGACACGAGGCUCAUCUCAGUUCUGGGUCGGACUGUCCCGCCUCUCCCCGGAGAAGGGCUGGACCUGGCUGGACGGCUCCCGGCUGGAUCAGACCCAGUUCCCGGUGUCAGGCCCGGCAGAGGGGAACAGCUGUGGGUCGGUGAAAGGGAAUCGGCUUCAUUCUGACACCUGCAGCUCUGGAUUUCAGUGGAUUUGCCAGCAAGACGCCACCCCGCUCUUACGCUCUCCGCUCUCUUCUCCAGCCUGCCCACUGCUCCUGUCCAGCCUGUGAUCUGAUGCACCUCUGCCCAUCCUUCCCCAAUGGAUCGUUAACUCCUGUCACUAACGAUGGACGAACCUCAGCUUCAGAGGUUUCUGUGUGGAUGUGCUGUCCACUUGCUACCUCCUUAGAGCACCAAUAAGUAGAUCAGUGCCCCCAACCCCGAUCCCAAAUGGAACCUUUCCCUGUGCAUUAUUUGAUGCUCUCAGGGGUCACUGUCUCUGUCAGAGGAGCCGGGUUGGGGUGCUCCAUGGCAGUGAGGGGGGCACUACGGGGACGGCUGGGAGCUAACAAACGCCCUGUAACCCUGUGGCCUGGCAGCCCAGGAGGAGAUGGACUGGCAAAGCUGGAGGGCAGGGUGACUGGCCAGGCUGAGAGGUGACCUUCCAAACAGACCCAAGUGUCUUUAGGAGCCACCCCCGAGACAACUGGGCUUGUGAGUGCAACAGGACAGAGCUUGUCCAGCGUGUGGAAGAGACAGGGCUGGCAAGCUCUGGCCCGUUCAGGGUUUGGUCAUGGGGCUGGAUGAAUGCAACAAGCUGAAGGUGCUGUCACAAGAGGGAGACGGUGUGGCCUCCAACCAGAGCCCCAGCAUCUACCCUGCCGUUAAACAGCUCCUUCGCUCAAGCCCAAGUUAGGUGGCAUGAGCCAGGCGCAGGUGUCCAACUGCCAUGUAAACAUCGACUUUGUGCUUCACUUUCCCCAUCUGUGAAAUGGGGAUAUUGAUAUUGAUCUUCCUGUUUGAAACACUUUGAGAUCUACAGAUGCAAAGCUCAAGAUCGGAGCAAGGGGUCAUCAUGAUCAUGGGGACAUUAAAGGUUUCCAUUAAACCGUG